AUGCUCGUAGAUUACGCCUUUUGUAUGAUUGACGAGUAUUGCGAUUCAAUUUCUAACAAAGCGUGUGGAACUGAAGUGGUUAUUAACAGUGUAGAGUCUAUUUUGGAUCAUAAAAGUGAAGAUCAAUUUAUAUAUGUCUAUAAGGUCGGCAGAGAGUCAGGACAUACCAAAGGACGAAUGAUCCCUGUUUUAGAACCUGUGGUCAUAACUGAAUUGUUUGAAAAAGCUAAAAGAGCUAAUGGUUUGUUGGUUUACGGUAUUGAUGGUAAAUUUGGGGAUCAUGGAGAUUCAGGUGCCCCAGUCUACGAUGAAACUGGUGCCUUGUGGGGAAUUUACGAGGCUACCCAUGAAAAAUACAGUGACAUAUCUAUUGUCAUCCCUAUUGGCACUAUCUUAGAAAGUGUUUACAUAAAGGAACAACUGGAAUUUAAGCUUAUUAAAUAA